GCCAAGCUGCCACUUGAUUUCUACAGAUUCGUGUGGGCUAUUGCGUAGAUGGUAGCCUAUUGUGCAUGUGUUUUCGCGUGUCUUCCUGUACUUGGCCAUGUCGACAUCAGGGACACUAAGUUAUUAUGUAGACUCUCUUAUUCUGCCUGAUCCCGAGAAUCUUUUAGUACCAAAAUUCUCCUCUGAUGUGGGACUCCAACAAGAGAGGCAGCCAGCGCUCACUGGGCAAGGCGAGCUAGAACCUUGUCCAUUCCAAUCAAAAUCGACUAUGUUCGGCGCAUCCUGGAAUUCCGUGCCACCAAUGCCUCCGAGCAGCGUGUCCACCGUGUACCACUCGUACACGCAAUCCCAGGGUCCUGCAGGAGACGCAGAUGGAAUGUAUAUGCGAUCUUGGUUAUUGGAACCCAUUUCUGGAUCCUUGCCUUUAACUGGAUUAUCUUCAAAUAGGCAAUACGGUAUUAAACCCGAGCCACUGACCAGCAGAGGUGAAUGCACGACGUUCGAUACGCUGCUUCUCUCUGACUUUAAAAAUGGAUCAUCGCCUGCAAGCAUGGAUAGAAUCUCCAGUGAUGCCAGUUUCCCUGACCAGAAGGAGGAGAACGCAUCUGCCACGGAAAAGACAAAAAUAGAUCCAAAUAACCCUUCGUCCAACUGGCUUCACGCGAGGUCCACGAGAAAAAAGCGCUGUCCGUACUCUAAGCACCAGACUCUCGAACUGGAGAAAGAGUUUCUGUUUAAUAUGUACCUCACCCGAGACCGUAGAUAUGAAGUGGCAAGACUUCUAAAUCUCACUGAGAGACAAAUUAAAAUUUGGUUUCAGAACCGCAGGAUGAAGAUGAAGAAAGGCAAUAAAGAUCGACCGAAAGACGAUUGAUAUGAUAUCAUUCCGGGGACAAAUAUAAUCUAUACAAUAAAUUGGACACUUUUAAGCCUCAUCCAAACAUUAAUUUAAAUUUCAGUAUAGUAUAGCAACCUGUAAAAACAGCAGUUUCCUCGCCCAAACUUGAAUUGCACAAAUGUAUUUGCACCCUGUUAUCAAUUACUUUGGGUUUUUUAUUGUUGUAUAGAUGUAAAUGUGUAUACUUGUUUUAAUAUAUAUAGUCCACACGAUUGAUGUUGGUUUUAAUGUAGCUUGUGACUGAACGUGUUUGAUAAUGUAUUUUGUUUAAUUUGUAGUUUGUCAAUAUCUCAGAUCCAAAAGAAGCACUGGCUUGGAUGUAAUCAAACUAUUUCUAAUUAAUGUGUGCAAGAAAAGGCCAUUGUGUUCUAGUCGCCUGUAAUGUGAUGCUAACAUUGAUUUGGGUGCACGCGCUUGUGCAUUAGGCCUUCUAUAAUAUUAAUUAUAACAUCGUGAACGUUAGAUGUAAUUACGUUACAUUGUGUUUUGUGUUGACUACCUAUGCUCAACUACCUACAUAUAUCAAGAAUGUCAAAACUAAUUGGAGCAGUUAACUUGGUAUCUCGACAUAGUGAUUGUGUAUUUUGUAAAUUUCAAGGGAAAAUGUUUAUCGAGCGUAUACAUAAUGUGUAAGGACCAUACACUGGAUGAA